AGCCUCCUCUCCCCAGUUCCCUCUCUUGUCCAAAACGAGACAUUCAUGAAACUUCUCAUCUUCCCCCUUUCCUUCACCAUGUCUACUCGAUAACGACCCAUGAAAAACAGAUCUCGAUCCUCUCAAUCGAGUUUCUCGAACUUCCUUCGAUCUCCGUAGAUCUACUCGAUUCGAAUCGGAUUUGGGGUCUCUGCGAAGUGAUAGAUCGAAAACGCCGUCGUAUAGAUGCCUUCGGUGGGGAUGAGACGCAGCACCACAAGGAUCUUCGGGGUGGUUAAAGCCGCGGACGGAGGAGCUCGGGUCCUCCGCUCGGGUCGCCGGAUAUGGCCCAACGUCGACGAGCCCACCAGGUUCAAGCGAGCCCACGACGACGCUGUGGAUCCGGAUUGGAGUUGCAAAGGGAACAAACUCUCCGCGGAGAAACAACAGCAAGACGACAAAAAAGGAGGAGACUUACCUCCCGUCGCGAAACGGAGGAGAGUGAGAACAGAAGCGAAGAGUGUGGAUACUAAGUUUGGGAUUGUGUAUAAUAGGAAAAGGAAGAGACUUUCUGAUCAGUCUAGUGGUGGUUGUGGUGGUGGUUCAGACCUCGAGACAAGAUUCUCGGACCAUGUCUCUCCCGUGAUGGCUCUUACAGUAGAUUGGUCUUGUGAGGAUUGCUGGUUGUCGACUGUGUUCGGUUUGGUGAUGAGGUACUCGAGGAGGGGACAGCUGAGUCUGCGUUCGCUCGCUUCUUUCUUCUUGUCUCAACCUAUCAACGACCUCUUUGCAGUUCAUGGCGUGAGGUUUCUUGAGGAGGCUCCUUCCCUUAGCUCAAAUGGUGUAUGCAAGUUCUUUGGGGACAUGGAUCGUCUUCCUCUUUUGUCAGUUGAUUUUUCUGCCGUUCCUCGUUGUUUCAUGGAUAUGCAUUUGACUCUGUUUCUCAGAGCGGCGACACGCUCCUUUGCAUUCGUUAAGAGGUCUCUGUGUUUGCUUAACAGUCCAGUAGUUGAGGAAUCUGAUUCAGAGUCUGAGUUAGUUUCAUCUCCACCUUGUGUUCGGAGGAACAACGGAGUGUCAGUGAGAGCCUCUAAUGCUCAGUAUAGAGGCAAUUUAGGGUUUCAUAGUGUACAGAAGAGGAGAAGAUCUUUAAGGAGGAGGAGAGCAAGAAACCUUUCGCAUAGUGGACACAACAAGUCUGUUUCUGAACUAUCAUGGAGAAACAGGACAUCAGCAGCAGCAGCAGCAGCAACAGUAUCUUCGAGAAGGCUUAGAAGCAGCUCGGUGCUAAACAACUCGUCUCCGGGUGCUACUGAGACUAGCGUCGUUCCAAAACCGUUGACAAAAGAGGAGCUUGAUUCUCUGUUUUGUUCUGUGAAUAUUUUGGUUUUGGAUUCAGACAGAUGCACCAGAGAAGAAGGUUUUAGCGCCAGGUUGGAGUUUGUUUCUUCGAAGGAGUGGUUCGUUGUAAUCAAGAAAGAUGGGGUGAUCAGAUACAGAAUCAAGGCGAGAAAGACUAUGAGACCUUGCUCGUGCAACCGGUUCACCCAUUCUAUAGUGUGGGUAGGGGACAACGGUUGGAAGCUUGAGUUCUGCGACAGACAAGAUUGGCUCGGUUUCAAAGAGAUUUAUAAAGAGUGCUACGAGAGGAAUGUGUUGGAACAGAACGCGAGAGUCAUUCCUAUACCUGGGGUAAGAGAAGUGUGUGGUUAUGCAGAUGAUCUUGCCUCAUUCUCUAUGCCGGUUCCGUAUAUCUCUGUGAAAGGAGAUGAGGUUUCAAGGGCCAUGGCUCGAACCAGCGCCCUCUAUGACAUGGAUUCGGAAGAUGAAGUGUGGAUGGAGAGGCAACAGCUUGAGCAGGAUGCUUUUGAGCUGAUGAUUGAUGGGUUUGAAAAGUACUACUUCCAUAACCCUGCCGAUGAUCUCUUGGAUGAGAAAGCAGCCAGUGUAUCUAGUCUUUCGUAUCUGGGUAGGCAAGAUGUGGUUGUUGAAGCAGUAUAUGAUUAUUGGGCGAGAAAAAGGAAGCAGAGAAAAGCACCACUCCUCAGAGUUUUCCAGGUUCAUCAAGCUAAGAAAACUCCACUGUUUUUCAAACCUGUGUUUCGUAAGAGAAGAUCUUUCAAAAGACAGGGGAGCCAACUCCAUGGAAAAUCCAAACAGUCAAGUCUCGUGUCUGUAAAGGCGGCUAAACAAGAAGCUUGGGAGGAACAAAACGUUUUUCUUAGAGUGAAAGAAGCCAAGGCCUUGGCUGAUACAUCCAUGGAGAUUGCCAUGUCCAAAAGAAGAAGAGCUCAAGUUCUUGCAGAGAAUGCAGAUUUGGCUGUUUACAAAGCCAUGGUGGCUCGUAGGAUUGCACAAGCCAUGAAAGUAGCUGGAUCGAGCGGCGAGGUGGCCGCAUCCCUUUUCUUGAACUGAUAAUAUUUUGGUAAUGACAGAAAAAUUUACAAGCUUUAAUUAAAAGCUUGCUUCUUUUUGAAGCAUAACAGUCUCUGUAGCUUCUAAUUAUGUGUUGUAUAUAGUAGUUCCUCUACGCUAGAGAUUGUAAAUGGGUUUUAGAAUUUUCCUUUUUUUAAAGGUUUUUUUGUGUUAUAUAUAACUAAUAUUAAUUCACCUUUUACAGCAUAA